AUGAGAGCGAAAUCUAAAGUUAAUCCAGUCAUCUUACUGUUACUAUCAAUUCAUUUGAUAUUUUUCAUUGUUUUGUUGGGAGGUGGAGUUGGUGAUGACGAGUCAAAUGUAAAUUUAAAAAACAACACAAAUAGCAAGAAUAAUAUAAAUAAUAUAAAACAAAGUAAUAUUGAUCAAAAUAAAAAUGUAAAUGUACAGCAGCAACAACAAACAAAUAAAGAUAAUAAAGAUAAUGAUAACAAUAGUAAUAAUAAUAAAGGUACAGAUGUAAAAAUAAAUUCAAAUGGAGAGUAUGCUUACGUUACUUUUGUGAAUAACGAUGAGUAUGCAAAGGGCGUGGUUGCACUGAAGCAAUCACUCGACGACAGUGGCACACCCUACAGUCUGGUGGUGUUGGUCACCGAGAAGAUCUCGGAUGCCACCGUAAAUCGACUGACUAAACUCGGAUGUCUGGUGGAGCUUGUCAAGCCAAUCGAGGUUGGCAGCGAGGUGUCGGUGCAGAUCGCGCGCUGGAUGCCAGCGUUCACCAAGUUCAAAUCGUGGGCGAUGUCCAAGUACACCAGAAUCAUCUGGCUCGACUCGGACAUGUUGAUUCUGCGCUCGAUCGACCACCUCUUCUCCUACAUCGAUGAGAACGACUCGGAGGCGAUCUACGCGACUGUCGAUGCCGACGCCAACAGCUGCGCGUACCAGCCGGCGCGCCUCAAGCUCAUCAACAGUGGCUUGGUGGUGUUGGCGCCAAAGCCAGAGGUUGGUAAGUUAUAA